AUGGACCAUUUGCAAUCAUUGUACAACUCAACAAUAAUUCAAUGGCCGCUCAAAUAUACGCCAUCGUUCACUAGUUGGCUCACACAUCAUUUUGCCUCUUUCAACGCCCUCGUUCACUCCAAACUAACGUACCACGCACCUAACUUGGUGGUUCAUCCCACAUCGACAGUAAUCACUUUCCUGUUCGUUUACAUAUUCAUACUUUUGAUUAUCUAUGAGUUGAUAUUACAUCUAGGAGUUAAACUAAAUUGGUGGCAGAAACCUGGAAGCGAGUUUUUCAUCGAAACUCCAGUGCAUUGUGCCCAUAUUUACGUAGACUUGCACAUAAUGGAAAAACAUGAAGAUGAUGAUCCUAAGUUGGAGGAGCUGACAAUUGAGGAGAAAUUUUACAAGUUCCAAACAAAGAAAUCUACAAAAUACGGGUCUUUAAUCUUUCAUAAACUGAAAUAUCAUCUGGAGUUUGGUCCCAACGAUUACGAUCCACGAGACCCUGAUCUCGGAACAACUCUAGGGUUUUCCCGUUCCAAAACGCUAAAACUGUUCAAAGAUUCCAAGAUUUACACUGAAGAUUUGAAUAAAAUACCACUAUCUCCGGAGGAACUUAUCCUCGUUCAUAGAAAGAAGGAAUUGACUCCGGAUUUAGACGAUAAAUUCCUGUGCGAGUUGGACGUGGAAACUGGCAACAAGGUCGAUGCCUUCGUGGUGAUCUAA